AUGGCCGCCUCGUUAGCGUUCUGGGGUCCGGAGAGCCGAGCCCGGGCCGGGGGUGUCGGCGGGCUGCGGUCCCCCGCUCCGGUGACUAUGGACAGUUUUCUCUUCGGCUGUGAGCUCUCCGGCCACACCCGCUCUUUCACCUUCAAGGUAGAGGAAGAGGAUGAUGCCGAGCACGUGCUGGCUUUGACCAUGCUCUGCCUCACCGAGGGGGCCAAAGAUGAGUGUAAUGUGGUAGAAGUUGUGGCCCGUAAUCAUGACCACCAGGAGAUUGCAGUCCCCGUGGCCAACCUCAGGUUGUCCUGCCAACCCAUGCUCAGUUUGGAUGACUUCCAGCUUCAGCCUCCUGUAACCUUCCGCCUGAAGUCAGGUUCUGGUCCUGUGCGGAUCACUGGGCGGCAUCAGAUUGUUACUGUAAGCAGUGUUUCUGAGGAAGAAGAAAGCGAAGAAGAGGAGAGUGAGGAGGAUGAGGAAGAUGAAUUGUACCCCAUUCUGCCUGCCAAGAAACACAGGGGCAGGCCUUAA